GUUAAGGACUUAUUAAGGACUUACUGGAGUGGUGAAAGGUCGCGAUUUGACGUUUAUGAGUUGACAUUUAUAUAUGUUGUAUUUGUUUCUCGAUAUAUAGAAUAAAAACUGAAAGGUGUUUGUCAACAAAUACACAGUGAAAAUUAUUAGUUUAACCUUCUGAUUAUGGAGAAAUAGUUUAUGAAAACAGACAUUUAGCAAACGUUAGUGUAUCAGUGAACGUUACGUGAAUUAAUUGUAAACUUUUAUUAAACAUGGACUCCAGAAAGGCAGACCUUGUUAUCAAGUACAAUUUACACUGGAAAAAUGCCCCCAAAAGCAGCAUGAAAAACAGGGUAAAUAUUGUUGGAAUGUGUGACCUGUCAACAUCAUCCAGAAAUCUAGAACAAUUUAAGUCAUAUUUGCUGAAAAAUUCGGGGGCAACUGGUGAUGACGUCAAAGUGUCAUAUAUAGGUGAUGAGGAUAAGGAGUUUCCCAUAGAGACCCAGGAGGACUUUCACACUGCCCUCAACUAUUUUCGUGAAGUAGCCCGUAGUGGUAACACUAUUACUCUGAAACUUGAAUCAGUCUUUUACAAGAACAAGACAGAUCUAUUGAAAAGAAGUGUGAGUUCUUCUGAGGAUAGUUCAAGGGAUGUCAAUGAAGAACAUUGGUAUCAGGUGGUGGAUGAAAAUGUAGACUUAUUCUCAGAGCCUCCCACAUGGUUCACAAAAUACAUGACCAAGUUCAAGGAUGAUCUAGUUAAGGAAAUAAAUAAUGCUGUUUUAAAGUCUGUCUCUGGUACAAUACCCAAAAAUACAAUUUCUACUAACACGCCACCAGAAAAUGCACCAGUGAAACAAAUAAGAAAGAAGCAUAAAGUUAAGACCAAUCUCAUGGAGAUGCCAAGUGGUUCCUCAAUGUCCAAAAAGAAAAUGAAAGCUGGUAGAAGCUUUGUUAAAGCAUCAGGGGACAAUAUUGUGGCAGAGAAAAAUGCAUUGAAAGAGCAAAAAUUAGAUCAGAAACUUGCUAAACUUGAAAACAAAACUCUGAAAAUAAAAGCUAAGAAAGCAAUGCUUCAAAUGAAGUUAGGCGCGGAAUCCAGCCGUUCCAGUAAACAUCAUCACCACUAUCACAAUUCCAACCAACAACCCACUGAUACUUUUGCAGCUGAGAUCGAAAAUCUAAUGGGGGCCAUUCCUAUUCGACAACGUGAGACCACAGUUCCUCGUAUGCUGGGUGGACAGGUUUUAGAGCACGAAUGGGAAGUAAUGAAUACUGGACAGUUACCCUGGACUGCUGAGACUGAACUUCAUUAUGCAUGGGGUUCAGUAGCUUUGCAGCCCUUACAUCUCACUUACAGUUGCCCUUAUCUGCAGCCUGGUGAAAAGGGAAUUGUUAAAGUGCAAUUGAAAAUACCAAAAAAGCCGGGUAAGUAUGAGAAUUACUGGUACUUCCAUCAUCUAGGACGUCGUUUCGGCCAUUGGCUGGGUUGUCAAGUGGUGGUUGAUCAAUCGCAUCUUAAAACUAAACAGUGUAGCAUCUCAAACGACACUCUCAACCCAUUUGCAGAAAAUCAAACCUUGAAGUUGAAGUCAGACGUGUCUAAUCUCCCAAAGCGUGAUGGCUUUAAUUCACCGACUUCGUUCGUUGACAAUUUACCACCCGUUGAUGAUCCUAGCUUUACAGCUUUAGAAAUUUCGAAAUUAAUCGAUGAUUUAAAAGGAAAAAUAUGUAACUCAGAAACGAUACCGGACACCACAACAAAUACAAAUACUUUGGACAAUAACAAAGACAUUAAUUUGAAAAUAUCCGACGUGAAUCUAAACAAACAGGAAAAGGAACUACUGCAAAAGGACAUCCUUGACAUUGAUACAAAAUUGGUUGAUCUUAAAAUUUGUAAUAGCGAUGACAUCAGCACAACUUCAGAUAGUGACAAUCAGAGUAUCGUUUCCGUUACUGAAAGUAACACUACAUCCGGUUCAGAAAUGUCUGAAGAAUUUGUCCUUGUAAAGAAACCUAUAGAAAUAGUUGAAAAAGAAUCUUGUGAAAUCGACAAUGAAAAAAAUAACAACAAUAACGAAGCUAACGUAGACAAUAAACCUCGGAAAAGUGGCAGUUCCUUUAUUUUGGAGAUACCCAACGACGACUCCGAAGUUGAAGAUUACAUUAAAAUCAACAAAACCAUAAUUCCACUCCCAGUCGUUCGAGUACAGGCUGAAAAAAAAUCUGACGAAAACGGUGAACAAAAAAUGGAGGAGAAAAAAAAUGAAGAAAAUGAAGAGGUCACUGAUGACCAACCUAAAAUUGAAAAUCACUCAAUUUGUAAAGAAGGAGUAGACGCAAACAAAACCAACGAUCCCCUAGAACGAACUUGCAUCACAGUUGAUGGUGUUCAAUUGUUGGUCCCAACUAAAUUUCUACGUCAAGAUUUCCUAAACAAGAUUGAAUCCACAAAUUCGGACAAUCAAACAGAAGCAACAAAAGAAAACACCACCGAUCCAUCGGAAACGCCCAAAACAAACAAUGCUGUUCCAGUGAAGGAGGAGAACGCUGUGCAAGAACAAACAAUUCCAGUAAAAGACGAUCCAGACAAUGCAAGAAACACGCAAAGCAUUUAUGUAUCAGCAGCAACAACUCCAGAUCUCUCAUUAUCAUCCUUGCAGGGAAAUGCCAAUAGUGAAAAUGGAAAAUCUACAAUUGAAGAGGGAGAUGCUAAAAGUAAUUCCAAUAGUAACAGAUUGUUCGUAUUCCCACAGAGCUGUCCCGGAUUUGAGGUCAUCUACCCCCCCAAUAGCACCGACAGUUUCAUUGGAUACUCAGUUGACAACAGCAAUGGACAGGCCACUAACCCCUUUCAAUCAGACUUGAUAGCGUGGUUCUCUCACAAUAGUGGUCCAGGAACUCCGUCGUCAUUCUAUCCGGUCGAACAUCUUCCCCAAACUUAUAGUCACUCUACUUCCGGCGCGGGUUACCCGAACUAUACCUUCCAACAGCAGUACUCUUAUCCCAAUUACGAUCAACAAAUGUUAUUCAAUGGUUUUCCGCAAUAUUCUCAUGCCGCCUCUUACAAUACUAACAAUGCUACUUCAGCUAACGCUUUCAGGACAUUUGUCGAAGAACAACAGAGAUCUAAUUUCGGUAAUUCGACUUCUUUUGCGGAAGCAACUGCCAGUGCGAGAACAUUCCACAAUUCGAAUGUUGCGGAACAACCGAGAGUCUUCUCCAGAACAACUUCUUCUGCUAGUUCUUUCACGGCCGAAGAAAAUUUGGAACGAACUUCUUCUUUAAACUCUUCCAACACACAAGGGGCUGAUACAUCACGAGUAACUACAAAUAAUCCUGUUGAAAGUCCAUCAGGAAGUAGUACACCUCUUCAGAGUCCUCCAAUUUCCGGAAGGAUGCGCGAAGGAAUCCGCAAUUCUGGAUUUAAAGGGAUAUUACCCGUUUCUGUGACCGCUGUUCCCGAAAACAUCGUCACGGGAGCAGUUAAUGUUGCUUCUUCUGCCAUUAACACGGCACGUUCAGUACUUAACAUGUUCAACCCAGAGCCUGGCACUUGGGUAAACGGUCAUUGGGUUCCUAGGGAUCUCGAUUCAAGACGAGAAAGAGCUUUGAGAAUUCUAGAUGAAAUGGGUUUCCGAAACCGGGAUUACAAUGCGACGCUUUUAGCACGCUAUAGCGAUGACAUUACGCAAGUAAUAUCUGAACUCGUCCAAUAAAUAAAGUGCUUACGAAAAUUUAGGGAUGUACUUGCAAUAUUUACAUGCCUAUAUGUAGUUGUUAUACAAACAUAUAAAUAUUUGAAAUAAAAUUAUUUUGUUUCGUUUAGGAGUCUAGAAAACCGUUUUUAUUACUUUAGUUUGACAAAUUAUAGGAGUAACAACAAUUAAGACGAGAUAAAGUGUGAAUUAACAAUGGAAUUGGAAUUCUUUUGUAAUUAAAUGUAACAUGCAUCAAUACAUUUUAAAAUUUCAAAAUGGUCAUCUGUAGUAAGCUAGAUGUGAUAAUUUUUUCGUUUAUUUAAAUAUUAUAUACAUGUAUAUGUAUAAAGUAUACAUAUAAAUGUAGGAAAACUAAAUUUUAGCUUUCAGUUCUGACAAAAAAUUAAUAAAGCGCCUAUUCGUUAUUUAAUGUGCUAUUUUGCAGUAGUUUUUUUUUUAAUGUUAAGUAAAGGAGAAACAUUUAAUAGAGGUAUUUAGCAAAAACUGUAGAACGUAAGAUGAAGUACUUUUUCAAUUUACUGUUAUAAUCAUAUGUAUGUACACAUAAGAGGUACCUAAUCCAUAAAAUAUGUAAUCGUUUGA